AUGAGCGCUGAUCUGGAGCGCGUUUCGCUCAACACAUCGGUGAACUCGGCCGGCUCGGGCGGCCGUGCGCUUUCGGCGAAUGUACGGAGGCUCCACAACACUCUCAACCUGCUGCUCAGCGACCUGGAGAGAGAGCAGUUCAUCCACUGUCUCAAUGUGUACCACGCCAAGCGCAACGUCUUCGACCUGGUCCAAACUCUCAAAGUGAUUCUCAACACGCCCGGGAAACGACAGCUGCUGCCCAUGCUGCGUCUGGUUAUCCCGAGGUCCGACCAGCUGCUGUUCGACCAAUACACGUCCGAGGGACUCUACCUGAAGACGGAGCUGCUCCCCAGCAACGGCAGCACGGAGGGCUUUGGAGACGAGGGCGACUCAACUCUACAGAAAUAUGUCAGCUCCCUGCACGAGCAGCCGCUCAGCUCCGGCUGUCCGGACGGUUACAGCGCCGCAGCGGAGCUGUCGGCUUCCAUGGCCCAGCCGUUCUUCGAGGCUGCCUUUGGAGAGGUGCGCCAAGUCACCCUGACGCGCUCCAGGAGCCACGAGGGUCUGGGCUUCAGCAUCCGCGGGGGGUCGGAGCACGGAGUGGGGAUCUACGUGUCCCUAGUAGAGCCGGGCUCAUCCGCCGAGAGAGAGGGACUGAGGGUCGGGGACCAGAUAGUGACUGUGAACGACAUGAUGUUUGACAAUGUCUCUCACAUCGAAGCAGUGAAGGUGUUGAAGGGAUGCAAGAAGCUGGCCAUUUCCGUGUGUUCCAUGGGUCGGAUUCCCGGAGGCUACAUUACCAACCAUGUGUACAGUUGGGUGGACCCUCAGGGACGGAGCGUUUCCCCGCCACCCGACAGCCACGAGGCAAACCAGAGGCAAGGACAGGGCAUGGAGGAGAGGACGGUAAACCUGAACAUGGACGACGGUCGCUCUCUGGGCCUAAUGAUCAGAGGUGGUGCUGAGUAUGGACUGGGGAUCUACAUUACAGGAGUGGACCCAGGAUCUGCUGCAGAUGCUGGUGCACUAAAGGUGGGUGACCAGAUCCUGGAAGUGAACGGUCAGAGCUUUGUCACCAUCUCCCACGACGAGGCCGUUCACAUCCUAAAAACAGGACACCAUUUGCUUAUGAAGGUGAGGGAUGUGGGUCGUCUGCCUCAUGCACGCACAGUGGUGGAUGAGACCAAAUGGAUCUGCAGUCAGGCCAUUGCUGAGACCAAUGCUACAGCGAAUCCAAAUUCUGUUACCAACCCCACUGUCAAUGCUGGCGUCCACGUUAGUGUCAGUGCUACUACCUGCAGUACAAGACCGUCCUCAGGCAGAGCUACUCCUGUAUUAGGAAAGCCAGCAGCAUACAGAGGAGUGGGCCCUCCAGGCACUCAGGUGUCUCUGGAGCAGCAGGCCUACAUGCUUCUGACGGAGCCGGAGAGGCAGACCAUGGCCUAUUACCUGCAGGAGUACCAGGAGGGACACAUAGGAGUGGAGCCGCUGGCUAUGGCUCUGUUUGAGCUCUUCAACACACAUGCAAAGUUAUCCAUGCUGUCUGAGGUGAGGAGUCUGGUGGCUCCUCAGGACCUGGAGUUCUACGACAGGCUGGUGUUGCACCGUGAGAGGGAGGCUCACCAGGCCUGGCAUGGAGGCCUGGGAGUGCUGCAUCCACAGAGCCACUGCAACCACUCUACCCCUGUGAUCCAUGAUGUAGGACACACAGUCCCUGCUACGACUGACGGCUCUGUUGGUGGCUGGACAGAAAAAGACCAGGAGGAGAACACUAAUACCUUACAAAACAUUUCACUGGAUGAAAUGCAGGCGUCAAGUGAAUCUCCUAAAUUCUUCAGGUCCGCCUCUCCCCAGGCUCAGAACAGGCCGCCCAGGGAAAAGGAGCUCAGCCGGAAGCCUUCAGCCCGGCGGUUGCAGCCCGGCUCCAGUCUGCUUUUCACUGGCCCCACCCGGCUGCUCCAGGACUGCCUCCACAAGUCGCUGAAAUCCCUCCCCACCAUCAACCAGCCCUCACAAGCCUCCGCCCACCACACCUGCACUGGUGCCACCCACCACACCUCCCUCAAUGCACUCCAUCAUACCUGCCAGAGUUCCCCUCAGCUCUCUGACUCUGAACACCACAACUACCCCCAUUUCGCUCAUCACUUCCACCCCCAUGCUGCCCACAGCCGGCCCAGUUCGGGACACCACACCUGCCCAGGCUUCCUGCACCACCGGGACUCCGCCAAGCCAGAGGUGUCUAUCAAGCUCGCCUGCAGAUCCAGCUCCUAUGAAAAGUCCUGCAUCUUGUCAAAGUCUGCAUCCUCCUCCAAAGCGGCAUCUCCCAUACCGUCCCCUCAUCUGUCACCCCAUCCCUCGCCAUGUCCCUCUCCAUGCCCCUCGCUCAUCACACCUGCUGCUCCACCCUGUAGUCCUGACCAGCCUUGCUCACCUGCCCUCACACAGAAAGUCAUGAUAACAGACAUGAACCGGCUGUCUGCGGACUCCAGACCACAGCAAAGAGGGGCCACGCUGUCCCAGCUGUCAGACAGUGGCCAGACUCUGAGCGAGGACAGUGGUGUGGAUAUAGCCGAGGCAGGAGGCCUCAGUAAGGACGGCAGCCCUCGACCUAGCAAGAACCAGCAGGGCCAUCUGGAGCAGCCAGGGGCCCAUGCACCUCCUGCAGGCUCCACCAGACAACAGACUGGCUCACCGGUCCCAGUGCCCACUGCUACCUUGGUACGAGUCGUGAAAAAUGCCAACACCCUUGGUAUCGCUAUAGAGGGGGGAGCCAACACUCGUCAACCUUUGCCACGCAUAGUCACCAUUCAGAAAGGAGGCUCAGCUCAUAACAGCGGUCAGCUGAAGGUGGGUCAUGUCAUCCUGGAGGUCAACGGCAUUCCCCUGAGAGGACGGGAGCACAAAGAUGCUGCCCAGAUCAUAGCUGAGGCUUUCAAGACCAAGGAGAAGGACUACAUCGACUUCCUGGUAGUUGAGCCAGGACUCUAA